GUGUGUGUGUGUGUGUGUGUGUGUGUGUGUGUGUGUGUGUGUGUGUUUGUUUAACGUGGUAUUACCGGAGGACAUCAGAUGAAUUAUGUAGGCUACAGUGAGUGUUGUGCAGAUGCAGGGCUCCGCGCUGGUCGUCGAGCAGAUUACAGUGACCCCCCGCGGCGGCUGCGCUUGCGGGAAAUUACUGGGCGCCCUCCUCAACGGAUUUUACAACCGCUGCCUUUGGGAGUUUUUUUUUUUUUUCCACAGUCAUGUGAUUGUAACGUAACCCGACCGGAAAACACCGACGACUGGCGUCGCCGCCGCCAACGCUGCGUGUGUGUGUCUGUGUGUUGGUGUGUAUGUGUGUGUUGCGAGGAAACAGAGCAGCAGCAGCUGCGAGCCCAACGGACUAGUAAACCGGUUCGCGAACAACGCGUCAAACUCCACGGAUUACGGCGGGAGUUGAAAAGGCUGAAGCAUGGAGUUGGCCAACCAUGGUCUAAUCCUCCUCCAGCAGCUCAACGCUCAGAGGGAGUUCGGCUUCCUGUGUGACUGCACCGUGGCCAUCGGCGAUGUGUUCUUCAAAGCCCACAAGGCCGUGCUGGCCGCCUUCUCAAACUACUUCCGCACACUCUUCAUUCACCAGGACAGCGACUGCGUUCGCCUCAAGGCGGCGGACAUCCAGCCGGACAUCUUCAGCUACCUCCUGAACCUGAUGUACACGGGCCGGCUCGCGCCCCAGCUCAUCGACCCCGCGCGCCUGGAGCAGGGAGUCAAGUUCCUGCACGCCUACCCUCUGCUGCAGGAGGCCAGCCAGUCGGUGUACGCCCACCCCGAGUCCAACCUCUCCCUCUCCACGUCGCUCUACGGCAUCCAGAUCUCCGACCAGCAGGCGGGGCUGUCUGCCCGACUGCCGGCCGGCCGCGAGCUCUCCUCUCCCAUGGACCUGGAGCCGCUGGGCGCCGACCGGAGGAACAUGUCCACGCCGGCGCUCCUCCCCUCCUACGCCAACUCCCUGGCGCCCAAGCGGGCCUCCUCGCCCCCGCAGGCGGAGCCCUCCACCAGCGGCAUGCAGACCCCGGCCGAGGAGCAGCACAGGGGGGGCUCGCUGGCGGCGGCGGCGGAGACGUCGUCCUCGGUCAACGCCAUCCUGCACGUGAAGCCCAGCAUCAUGAAGCGCAGCGCCUCCUUCCGGAAGCACUACACCUGCCACCUGUGCGGCUACCGCUUCAACCAGCGGAGCCUGCUGCGGGAGCACCUGCUGCAGCACACCCAGGCCCUGCAGUACUCCCUCUCGGAGCCCAGCGACGGCCUGUCGCACGCCGAGCAGGCCGCGGAGCACGCCGCGGCGGCCGAGGCGGAGGAACUCUCCAGGGGGGGAAGCCGGGGCGGGGCGGGCCACUCGGGGACGGGCCACUCGGGCGGGGCGCUGGAGGUCCUCAGCGACGGCGAGCAGAUGCACGCGUCCGGCGCCAACUCGGACUCGCCCCGGGCGGAGGUGUCCACCUCCAGCUGGGGGGCAGCCGGGUCCCAGUCCCAGGCCGACACCCCGCCGCCCUCCGACAUCGCCGACAUCGACAACCUGGAGAGCGCCGACCUGGACCGCGAGGUGAAGCGGCGCAAGUACGAGUGCGCCACCUGCGGCCGCAAGUUCAUCCAGAAGAGCCACUGGCGCGAGCACAUGUACAUCCACACGGGCAAGCCCUUCAAGUGCAGCGCCUGCGGCAAGAGCUUCUGCCGCGCCAACCAGGCGGCGCGCCACGUGUGCCUGAACCAGGGGGCCGACACGUACACUAUGGUGGACCGGCAGAGCAUGGAGCUGUGCGCCGCGGGCGAGGACAGCAGCCAGAUGGAGGCGCUGUUCAUGGGCUCGGCCCGGCCCUACAAGUGCAACAUUUGCGAGACGACCUUCUCCAGCCCCAACGAGGUGAUCAAGCACCUGUGCUUCAGCCAGGGGGCGCUGGCGGGUCUGCAGGGCGCGGGCUCCCCAGGUGCCAGCCUGCUCCACAGGGAGGAGUUCCCCGGAGCGGAGGGCUCGGAUUUAGCCAACGCUGGCGGGAAGACGCUGGCCCCCGUAAAAACUGAGGAGAUCCUCGUAGAAUAGUGCCAAAGAUUUCCGUUUUUUUUUUUCCGGUCAAUUGUGGUUAUUAGGGAACUAACUGACGGUCGAGUUAUGUGGGCUGUGUUUAGAAGUUGCUCUAUAAUUUCGAUAUCAGAAAGUGAAUUCCCGCUACAAUAUCCAGGAAACUCUAGGUUCUGCUGUAGGUGACAGAAACGCAUAACGUUCAAAUUAAUUUCUUAGCAGCUGAUAAUCUAUGGUUAUGUUCUCACCCUAACACAUAAAGUCUCUUGUCAGAAACAAAAAUCACAGAGGCGAGGGAAUCUGCCUUUGUAAAUCAACAGAUUUACCCACUAGCUGUGGGCUAAGCUAUGUGGGGCAGGCUGGAAAAGAAAGAAGAAGUAGGCGGUUCCGGGGGCCGCAGCAAGCAGGGUGCUGAGCCAGGGGCCCCGGGGGUAGAGGGAGCGAGUCUAGGGCUCACUAUUGGUGGUCGCCUGUGUUAGAGUUACCCACUUUUCAGCUAGUUUCUUCAAGAGCCAAAGAGAGCCUGGUUACUCAUCAGAGAAGCCGUAACCAGGCUAGCUAGUUACACAACAUGUGUUCCAGUUCAAUCUCGGCCAUAUGCUGGGAAAUACUUGCAUCUUCCUCUUUUCGUUUUUCAAGGAAGGGGCCCAAAUGCCUUCGGCCCUUGACCGAUGUUGAUGCUGACGAUAGCACAACAAUGCACAUCUUCACCCGAUGGAAGUGCACCGCGAGGAAGCUUGAAGCUAUUUUUUUUCGUUUUUUUUUAGGUGCAAACAUUGUAUUGUAUGAUUAUGUUUACAUUUGUGCCACUUUGAUACUGUUUAUUUUUUGUUUAUUAUUUUUUUACAAUACCACCGUUUGAUUAUGCGUCACGUGGAUCACAAGGUUGCAUUGACAUGUUGACACAUGCGCAAACGUACCUAGAAGGGAGAUGCUGGUCUUUUGCCGUAAUGUCCAGGAUUUCAAUUAACCGUGUCACAAGUUGUCGAGGAAAACCCAUUUGUUUCAGUUCAAUGUGCUUUUCUAAUUUUUAUAUACCGUCUUGUAUUUACAAAGAAAAUGUUAUAUUACAAGAGUUGUAUAUCUGUAGGCAAAUAGGUUUUUAUGUAGAGGAGAUUAUUUGAAAUAGUUAAUAUAAAUGUAUUGGGGACGGGCAUGAUGAAUUGGUUUUGAGAUUCAUUGCAAUGGAAGGAAACCCAAACAUUUUGACUGUACUGCUUGAAUAUUUUCACUGAUGCUUCCAUGCAAAAAUGUGUACAUUUAUUUACUCUCUUUUUGUUUGUUUAUGUUCUGCUCAUUAUAUUGUGGCCAUUCGCUAAUCCUUAAUUGCGUUCAACCGUGUUUAAUUGGUGCAAAGUCAAAGUUAUAUCUAAAAUGAAUUUGGAACCUGUUAACAUUACACAGAGCACACGCAUCACGCAAUAUGUGGAUGCAUUUAUAAACUGCUUUUAACAACGGUGUGAAACGGGCUAAUGCAGAGGUGUACAAUAUUGACUAGUGUUUCACUGUAUGAUGCAUAAUCAUUUUACGUUGUUUGCGUUUUCACCAGUGCCAUAUCGUUGACUAAUCUCCUGCUAAAUAUAAAUAUAACGAAGAGACCGCCUGCCUGUCCUGAGUGUGUACAGAGAAGUCAUGCAGAAGGGUCAGGGAACGCUUUGACAUACUACUGAUUCGUGCAAGUUGGGAAAUAUAUUUUACACUCUCAGCAAUGUGAAAAAGAAAUGUACCUCCAAACACAUUCAGCAAUGCUUCGAGAUGCGCAGACAAACAUCAUUAUUACCGUUAUGUGUGCGUGUUGCAAAACAGCACAAAUGAAAGCCCCGCUAUUUGUAUAACAAUUCAGACAUUUAUUAGUAAUACAGGAAAGCCCUUCCAUGUUUAUUUAGUGUUUUUUCCAAAUGUAUUGCUUUUCUGGUUUGAACACGUUUUAUUUUAUGUAUAGGCUACUCAUAUCAAAUAUGUUUCUUUGCGGCUGAAAGGCCUCCCGUUAAUUGGUACACAGGAGAGCGUCCUUGUUGUUACCCAUGUGGCCGCUAGUGGGCGCCACCGUCCCCCUUGUAAUGGACGCAAGGAAGGGCUGAUAUCAAUACAGUUACUUGGUUCGUCUUUGGCGGGGAGCGGCUUUUGUAAUCCCCUGUUUCACCACCAAGUCUCGUUUUUUGAGGGGGUGUUAUUCUCUUCCCACUCUAAGCUCUUAUUGUGAGAAUGCUAUACUACUGAUCAUUCAGAAAGACGCAUCACGCACCCUUCCAUAGUUACCGGAGCUUAGUGUUCAACCACAUCAGUCUUAUAACCCAAGCGAUCUCUCAUCUGAGUCUGAGCUUUUUGUUACGUAGGCCUGAUGAGGACGAUUUAUUUUGUUUUUUAGUUUCUCGAAGUGUUUCCAAACAGCAACGUUUCAGGUCAAACUUCGGGGGGCCCCUGCCGCCCGUGAUAGGCCUACUUGAUACUCCUGUGACUACUGUGAUAAAUAAGGUUCUCAGGAACGCGAGUCAUUUUCUGUGUUAACAAAUUGUCUUACUAUGAACAAUAAAAACUGUGCUUUUUUUUAUAUACAUAAAGGA